GUUCAAGCGUCCUCCGGUUAACGAGUCUCUCAUCAAACUGUGCGAGUUGUCCAGUUAUGUUAUAAAUAAUGUUGAUUAAAACAAUACAUUUCACAUAAUAAUAUUAUGUGGAAAAAUGAUAAGUAGAAUUAUAUAUCGUAUAAUUUUUAAAUAUUGUUAAAGUAUAAGCAGAUCGUUGCUCUAAAGAUAAUAAUGUCUUGUGUAACUGUAAAUUCAUCCCCUAUACCUUCUGUAUCAACUACUGGAAUGCAGCAAACUAUUAUUGCUGGUAUAAAUAAUCAAGCAUCUGGGAUGGAAACUGUAUCUGCAAAUGCUUCAGUGAUUACUACUAGUAAUUCUGCCCCUGUGGCAGUUACCAGUCAAAAUUCUGCCAGCACUGGAUUGAGUGUCAGCAUGCUCCCUCCAGAUAGCACUCAAAUUCACCAGGUUCUAACUAAGCAACGCUUACAAGAUUUGAUGCGGGAAGUUGACCCAAAUGUUCAGACAGAUGAAGAAACUGAUGAGCUGUUGUUGCAGUUAGCAGAAGAAUUUAUAGAAGAUGUUGUUGAAACAUCGUGCAGUUUAGCUAAGCAUCGAAAAUCUUCUGUGCUGGAAGUAAAAGAUGCUCAGUUGGCAUUAGAAAAAGACUGGAAUAUGUGGAUCCCAGGAUUUGGUACAGAAGAGCUUAGGCCCUACAAAAAAUCUUUUCAAACAGAAGCUCAUAAGCAAAGGAUGGCAUUAAUACGGAAAACAUUGAAGAAAUAGUGAGAGCUUUUGUUUUUACUUGUAUAUAUGAACAUAUGUCUUUUGUAAAUAAAAUACUGUGAUACUGUUUUA